AAAUUAAUAUAUUAUCAAAAUAGUUGGCUCCAUCUAUAGAGCUUUCACAUCAAAAGUUAAAUAAUUUAUAGGGUUGCACUUUGAGUUGGAACUUGGGAGAGAUAAUAUAAAGCCCAAAGCAGAAUUAAACUCACAUACUUGUUUUCUAAAAUCACUCUCUUAGGCUUUAAUUAUGAGAUAUGCUAUGCUCUCUCCCCUUGUCAUCAUACUCCAUUAUAUAUUUUCUCUCUCCCUAUCUCUUGCAGCUUUUGACUCUUCUUAUAAAGCAGACAAUAAAGAGAUUGAAUUAUCAUUUUCUAUCCCACUCUCUUUCCCCUAGUGUUGCAUUCAUCAUCUCAAUAGUACUGCAAGACAAAAACUACUCUUGAUCUCUCUUUGCUAGCUUAGUUCUUAAUUAUGAACAUGGAUAAAUAUAAGUAUCCAAAAGAGUACUCUUGCAGCCCUUCCUUCUCUUCCGCACUUCUUGACUCUAUUUACCACUCCAUUGACCAAGGCCAAGAGAAGAAAUCAAGAAACUUGCAUUCAAGCUCCUCAAAUAUUGGCUCUUCCUGUUAUGGUCUUAGUAAUAGGCCUAAACCAAUUAGAACUAGCACUUCAACUAACCAAGAAAAGAUUCACAAACAUCAACAUCCCAAAGAUAACCUCAACUUUUAUGAUUAUUCUUUAGCAAAGGAAAAAGCUAAACACGAUGAAGAUGGUUUUGUGAAGACAAAAUCACGAGCUUUGAAGAUUUAUAGAGAUUUAAAGAAAGUUAAGCAGCCCAUUUCUCCUGGAGGUAGGCUAUCAAGUUUCUUGAACUCACUUUUUACAAAUGGGAAAAAAACAAACACUUCCUCAAAUUUUGGAGGGUAUGAUAAUGAGGAAAGAAAAUUAAAAUCAGCAAAUGCAUCCACUUGUUCUUCAACUUCUUUAUUCUCUAGGUCAUGUUUAAACAAGAAUAUUAUAAUUACUCCAUGUGGGCACAAGACUUUGGACGUGGACCAACAAAAUGUUGAGGUUGUAAAAAGCAUUACUAGAAAUUAUAUUCAUGAAGAUCAGCUAAAACUCAAGAAGAAUGUUCAAGUGUUUGAUGAUAAUAAUGAGGAGGAAGAAUAUGAAGAUGAGGAUGCAAGUUGUGCAAGUUCUGAUCUAUUUGAGCUUGAUAAUUUUUCUUCCAUUGGAUUAAUGGAAUUGCCUGUCUAUGAAACAGCAAAUCUUGAUACUAAUCGAGCCAUUAAUGCAAAUAGUAAUUUGCUUUUGUAACUUUCAAUAGAUUCUGAUAGCUAUUAUUGUUGUUAUUACUUACUAGCUAGGUAGUAUAAUCUUUGUGAUUGGUUUGGGGGUUUACAUCAAGAGAUUUAAAAUUUCUCUUUGAAAUUUAAUUUAUGUUUUCCUUGACUUAGUAUAUGUGUCUUUUUACCAUCCGUAAGGUCUACUUGUUGUUUUCUUA